UGUUUGGCAGGGACCCGAAGGACAUGCUAGUUUCUCUGUGGCACUUCACCAGAACGGUUCAACCCAACCUCACCUUCACCGACGUGUUCGAGAGCGCAUGCGAGGGCGUGUCUUUCAAUGGCCCCAUCUGGGACCAUGUCCUGGGGUACUGGAACGCCAGCAAGGAGAGCCCGGAGACGGUGCUGUUCCUGAGGUACGAGGAGAUCCUGCGCGACCCCGUCGAAAACGUGAGGAAGCUCGCGCUGUUCGUCGGGCAGCCGUUCUCGCCGGCCGAGGAGGACGCUGGGGUCGCGAUGGAUGUCGUGAGGCUCUGCAGCUUCGACAAGAUGAAGGGCUUGGAGGUUAACAAGAAGGCCGUCUCCCACGGCCUCUUCCCGAACAACUCCUACUUCAGAAGAGGGGAGGCCGGGGACUGGGCGAACCACAUGACGCCAGAGAUGGCCCGGCGUCUGGACGCCAUCAUGGAGGAGAAGCUCCGCGGGUCAGGCCUUUCCUUCGCGUGAUCGAUGUAUUGUUUGAGCCUAUGAAUAAAAGGGGGAAGCUCGCUGUAAGCUGAA